GCGGCGCGGCGCGGAGCGGGCGGGGUCGGGCGUGGUGCUGCCGCAGCGGUGCUGCGGGCGGGGCGCCGGUACCGCCAUGUCGGAGCGGGGCGCCGCGGGCCCGGGGCCCGCUGCCAUCCAGGUCUCCAGGAUCAUGCGCCCAGAUGAUGCCAAUGUUGUGGGGAACGUCCAUGGAGGAACCAUCCUGAAGAUGAUAGAGGAGGCAGGAGCCAUCAUCAGCACCCGCCACUGCAACUCGGAGGGUGGGGAGCCCUGCGUGGCCGCGCUGGCGCGGGUAGAACGGACGGACUUCCUUUCCCCGAUGUGCAUCGGCGAGGUGGCCAAUGUCAGCGCCGAGAUCACCUACACCUCCCGGCACUCCGUGGAGGUCCAGGUCAACGUCAUGUCUGAAAACAUCUUAACAGGGGCAAAGAAGGUGACGAACAAAGCAACGCUGUGGUACGUGCCGCUGUCCCUGAAGAACGUCAACAAGGUCCUUGAGGUUCCCCCCAUUCAGUAUGCGAGAAAGGAGCAGGAGGAUGAGGGGAAAAAGCGUUACGAGGAGCAAAAGCUGGAUCGGUUGGAAACUAAGCAGAGGAACGGCGAUGUGAUCUUCCCUGUCAUUAACCCAGACAGGCAGACGAAAGAGCCGCACACUGUUGGCUACAGCCAGUCCAGCCUGAUACAUCUGGUGGGACCAUCGGACUGCACGCUGCUGGGCUUCGUGCAUGGAGGUGUCACCAUGAAGCUCAUGGAUGAGGUCGCUGGCAUUGUGGCCGCCCGCCACUGCAAGACCAACAUCGUCACCGCCUCGGUGGACGCCAUCAACUUCCAUGAGAAGAUCAAAAAAGGCAGCGUCAUCACCAUUUCGGGGCGCAUGACCUUCACAAGCAAUAAAUCCAUGGAAAUUGAAGUCUUUGUGGACGCUGACCCGUUUGUGGAUGAGCCUCGGGAGCGGUACCGUGCUGUCAGCGCCUUCUUCACCUACGUCUCUCUGAGCAAGGAGGGGAAGCCCCUGCCUGUGCCGCAGCUGCUGGCAGAGACGGAGGAUGAGAAGCGGCGCUUCGAGGAAGGGAAGGGCAGGUACCUCCAGACAAAAGCCAAGCGGCAGGCGCAGAUGCAGCAGGCUGCCCAGCCCUGAUCCCGCUCCACGCUUGCCCGCCAAACGUCCAGGUUCCCGUUAAUGUCGUGUCCGGUCCGCGCUGGCCUCGCGCCUUCGCCCGCCCCGGCCCGCUGCUGGAGCUGUGGGACGGUUGCUUCGCUGCUGAUCGGUUUAGCGCCGUAGACCUUGUGCUUUAGGUGGCUUAAGUGCCCCCAAAGCCACCGGGAGCCUUCCUGGUCGCUCGCCAUUCACCCCUUGAGCCCCGUUUUUGCUGUUCAGUCCCAUAAGCGAAGCUCCUGCCUGUGCCAGAGCAGGGCAGAGGCGCGUGGUGGCACGCGGGAUGCGCGAGGCCACGAGUCUUUGUGAUGCUGUGUUAUUCAUGCCGGUAUGUCCCAAAACCGCACACCAAAGCUUAACGUACGACCCUUGCGCCCAGCAGGCGUCGUACUGAAUGUCUUGGACCGUUUUGUUGACAUCUCUAGAUAGUUUCUCUGUGCACAUCUAACUUAUUUAAGGAAUUGUGUGGCAUAAUUAAAGUCUCUUGUCGUUGACUGAAAGAAGGGCGUGCGUCCCUCUGGGUGUUUUCGCUCUCGAGCGGCAGCAGUGCUGGCACAGGGGCUUUAUUCCCAAACACCGCGCUGUUUCCCCGCUCCUGCCUUCCCCCCACCCAGCUCCUCCUGCCGUGGGUUUUAUUGGAAUUUGCCUCUUUA